AGAACCACAUAUGCAUGUGAUGGUCAGUGGUUCACAUACUACUUGGAUUGAAAGCAUUUAUAGAUUUUACUGUAUGAGGCAGAAGCUGAUAUUUUAAUAUUUUAGAUACUAUUCAGUAAAAAAUACACAUCCUGCUGAUCAGGGACUACUUGUUAUACAGAAAUGGAGCAUCAGAUAGAGAGUGGAAAUGGAAGCAAGGAAGACUUAAUUAAUGAGAGUGAACCGAGCUUUGGCUUCUGUGGAUGGAUAAUUGUUGCUCUGUCUACUUUUUUCACAGUGCUGUUCUUCCCAAUAACAAUUCCUAUUAGCCUCAAGAUUAUUAAAGAAUAUGAAAGAGCCGUUAUAUUCAGACUUGGUCGCAUUAUAGCUAAAAAGCCAAAGGGACCAGGUAUCGUCUUUAUCAUUCCCUGCACUGACAGCUUUGUAAAGGUGGACAUGAGAACAGUAUCAUUCGACAUUCCUCCUCAAGAGAUUCUGACAAAGGACUCAGUGACAGUAAGUGUGGACGGAGUGGUGUAUUUCCGAGUGAGUGAUCCCAUUGCUUCUGUGGCAAAUGUCAACAAUGCUGAUUACGCUACUCGCCUGCUUGCUCAGACUACUCUGAGGAAUGUUCUGGGCACCAAGAACCUAGCAGAGGUACUGUCGGACCGUGAGGGCAUCUCUCACAGUAUGCAGGUGACUUUGGAUGAAGCCACAGACGCUUGGGGCAUUAAGGUGGAGCGUGUGGAGAUAAAAGACGUGAAGCUGCCUCGUCAGCUUCAGAGGGCUAUGGCAGCCGAGGCUGAGGCAACCCGCGAAGCUAGGGCUAAGGUGAUCGCAGCAGAGGGAGAAAUGAAUGCUUCACGUGCUCUGAAAGAGGCUUCUCUGGUGAUCGCUGAAUCUCCAUCUGCUCUUCAGCUCCGUUACCUGCAGACCCUUAACUCCAUUGCUACUGAGAAGAACUCCACCAUCAUCUUCCCACUGCCCAUGGACUUAAUGGGUCAUUUAUGAAAAAAUGAAAAUUGAAAAAUUAAUCCAGAAUCACUCACAAAUAUGAUUUACUUUUCAGACAAAAAUGCACUACUUUCACAUUCUAUUUCCCAGAAUUCACAUUUUGUAGCAAACAAAUAGAACACUGCUUUACUAUUUUUUUGUGUUACCCUAGGAUUGACACAAUGACAUAGUAAUUAAUGAUUAUAAACCUGUUUAAAUAUGAGAUUUAUGCAAAUGCUUAGCAAGAAGGAACAUAAUCAAUAAAAUGUUGUUUAAAAGGUUGUUUCAAUA